UUGCUGAUGUAAACAACAUGGCGGACGUGAAGUUUUUCUGCCGGUGGUUCGAAGCGUUUUUCGUGAUUUCCGUCCAGUUUUGCGUGAGGUCAGAGGACGCGGACGCACACAAACUUUUAUACUCGAACGGAGGAUGGUAUACGGACACAGAGAACCUGAUCGCCCAGCCUGGACCCUGCAACAUCGACAUCAGGGACAACUCUCUCACACAGGGAGACUUCAUAGAGAAAUAUGCUGAAAAAGCACCUGUCAUAUUCAGAAGUGUCACAGACAACUCCAAUUUCAGAAAACUGUGCUCCAAGUCUUUGUUAGUAGAAAACUAUGGAAGCAAGGAAGUCAUUCUCAGCUCUGCAAACACUUAUUCCUACACAAAAGUGCCAGUCAGUUUCCAGCAUUAUGUGGAGGAGAUUCUACAACCUCAGGAUGCCAACACACUCGGCAAUGAAACUCUGUACCUGUUUGGAGACCAGAACUACACCGAGUGGAAACCACUGCUAGAUGAGUACAUACAGCCUCCCUACUACCUACCUGGACACACGGGUGCUCUCAGCUUUGGACUAGCAGGUGCAGGUACAGGAGUGCCCUUCCAUUUCCAUGGACCAGGCUUUGGUGAGGUCAUCUAUGGUAGAAAGAGAUGGUUCUUGUAUCCCCCUGAGCAGCAGCCUGAGUUUAACCCUAACCGCACCACCCUGCAGUGGUUACUGGAGAAGUAUCCACAGCUGGAGGAGUCAGACAAGCCGUAUGAGUGCACCAUCGGCCCUGGGGAGAUUAUCUAUUUCCCAGACCGGUGGUGGCAUGGCACGUUGAACAUCGACACGUCUGUGUUUAUAUCAACAUUCCUGGGUCUGGCUCCAUGGAUAUGACAGCCAUCAGGUCUCUGGAAAAAGUAA